AUGGCCUCACGCUCGACAGCGGAGCUCGGCCUUGGGUACGGUCCGCUACCCAAGAGGAGACCUUCGCAGCCCAAGAGGAUCCAUCCGCCGAUGCACUCGGCGGAGCAGAUCGCCGGGCGGAAAAAGAUCGAGGUCAGGAAGCGGAACCAGGCCGUCAAGGAGAAGGAGUUCUUGAGGGGGGCUUCCUCGCCUCCCAUGGGCUUGACACCUCCACGACGGACAAGGCGGCAGGAUGGCCUCUGGAUUGCCAACCCGUUCGUGGAGGCGGAGCGCGAGGUGAUCCAGGAGUCCGCGCAGCAGGACGCGAAGUGGAAGACCGAGAAGGACCUCAUGCGCAAAGCCGUCUCGGACCUGAAAGUGUCCCAGACAGAAAAGGGCCACGUGCGCGAGGGCGCCUCGGACGUGAAGGGGAAAACCAAACAGGUCGUGAAGGAGAAGACCGAGAAGGACCGCAAGGCCGUCUCGGACCAGAAGGUGAGCAAGGACCGCAAGCGCAAGGCCGUCUCUCCCAGCCCGUCGUCGGAGAGCUCCAACGCCUGGGACAUCCUGCGCUGGAAGCGCAAGAAUCGCUGGUCGCGGACGUCUCUCCCUCAGAGCCUCGAGCAGCCCGAGGGUGCGCUGACCUUGGAGGGGGGCCCGUGA